AUGAAUGAAGUAUUCAAAGAGGUGUUAAGGAAGUACGUCUUAGUGUUCUUUGACGAUAUAUUAGUCUAUAGCCUGAGCAUGGAAGAGCAUUGGCGCCACUUGGAGAGGGUAUUUAAGAUUUUGGAGAAAAAUCAACUGGUCGUCAAGAAGGAGAAAUGCUCUUUGGCAAAGAGUGAAGUUCAUUAUCUUGGUCACAUUAUAUGUGUAGGGGAAGUAAAGGCUGACCCUACAAAGAUAGAUUCAAUGAAAUUGUGGCCCCAGCCCAAGAAUGUGAAGGAAUUGUGGGGGUUCUUGGGGCUAAUCAGGUAUUACCGCAGAUUCAUUGCAGGUUAUGGGCAGAUAGCUAGGCCCUUGACGGAAUUACUCAAGAAAGGGGCUUACAGUUGGGGAGGCGAAGCUAAUGCGGCAUUUGAGAGGUUGAAGAGGGCUAUGACCGAAUCACCGGUGUUGUCCCUACCUGAUUUUGACCUGGAGUUUGUGGUGGAGUGCGAUGCAUCUAAGUAUGGGGUGGGAGCUAUUCUUAUGUAG